UUGGUUUUGCUUUUGCAUUAGUUUCAGUUGGUUUCCUUCCCCGACGAAGCCUAAUCAAGCACUCACGUUGAUUUCUGCUAUUGCAAUGUCUCGAGAAAGAAACAAAAGAAUAUUACCUCCUGCUCAAGAGCAUAUGGCUAAGCUGGAGAGACUGGUAAAAGAGGGAAAUUAUUAUCGAGCUCAACAAAUGUACAAAUCUAUCAGUACGAGAUAUGCAAAUGCGGAAAGGUUGUCGGAAGCUUUAGAUAUAUUAGAAUCAGGAGCGUGCCUUCAGUUGGAAGAGGGACAGGAAAUCUGCGGAGCGGAGCUGGGUUUAAUAUUCGCGGAGACGCUGGAGCAAGGGAAAGUUCUCUGUGAUGAUCAGAGUCUUGGGAGGGUGAAGAGAAUAUACAGCAAGUUUCCAAGAGGAACGCUGCCAAGUAACCUGGAGGAAGAGGAAGACAUGCAGCAGCUAACAGAAGCGCUCGGAGUGGCCAGGAUCAGAGUCGACGGCUGCUCCUCCUUCUUGAAAGCCGCCAUACGGUGGUCGGCCGUCUAUGGUCCCGACGGUCACGGCUCUCCCAUGCUUCACCUUCUGCUCGCUGAAUACGCUUAUUCUGAGUCUCCCGAGCCUGAUAUGGCUAAGGUGACUUAUCAUUUUGUCAGGGGAAAUGAUCCCAGCAAGCUGGCUUCUACUCUCGUCAAUUUUAUGGGCAAGUGUUAUCCUGGCGAAGAUGAUUUGGCCAUCGCUCGAGCCAUUUUGGGGUACUUAUCUUCAGGUAAUCUGAAAGAUGCCAAAAUACUUUUGGAAGAUAUAAAGAGAGAAGCGGAGGCUGCAGACCUUGAGUUCCCUCAGACAGACAUGAUGCAGUUUGUCAGUUUCCUUUUGCCAACGUUGGAGAGAAAUGUCUUUCCUCUUUUUACCAUGCUGAGAUCAAAAUAUAAGUUAUGUAUUAACAGGGAACCUGGAUUCAAUGAGAUGAUAGAUGCCAUUGCGGAGAAGUUCUAUGGAGUACAGCGAAGGAAUGCCAUGGGCAUGUUCGAAGAUAUAUUCAAGGUCCCCUCUCUGACACUCUUAAUUGAUUUCUUCAAUUUCAUUUUGGAAUAGAUAUACUGUAUGUUCAUUUUGGAUUAUCAUACACGUUUGAACUCUGACGAUCUUAACUGAUUUCUUGAUUGAAAUUAUGCAGACGAUGAGGCUGCCUAAUGAUGUUCGGUUUUGAGAUCUCGCAUUGAAUUACUUCUCCUAUAGUAAAUCAGUUCGAUAUAAUAUGUAUGUUAUGUGGGGUUAUUGAAGAUUCUGAUGCUUGUUUUGUUACGUUUUAUUUCCACUCUAACCCAUUUUGGAAUCACCAGCUUCAUUAACUUUUUACACAUCUUCAUUCUUCUUUUUCAUUUUAUGCAUUCCAAAACCCAUCCAAUCUAGUUACU